AUGGAAGCCCUUGAUAUUCAAGGAGUCCCUACACAGUACAUAAAGAUUCUUCAUGAGCUGUACAAAAAUUUCACAACCAAGAUAUCACCAUUCUACAACAAUAUUAACAUUGACGUCAAAAGAGGAGCUCGGCAAGGCGAUCCGAUCUCACCAAAAAUAUUUGCCUCCACCCUCCAUAACGUCAUUCGAACAUUGGAAAGGGAUAGUGUGGGAGUAAAAAUCGACGGUCGGCAGUUACACCAUCUUCGCUUUGCUGAUGACAUGGUCCUUAUAACACUAAACAUUAGCCAAGCGGAACGUAUGCUUGACGACUUUGAUAAAGCCUGUGGAAAGAUUGGUCUUCGGCUAAAUCUCACAAAAACGAUGUUCAUGAAGAACGGAUUGGUUUCGUAUGCCUUAUUCACGUUCAACGGAACGAAUGUCUCCGAAUGCUCCAUUUAUGUCUGUCUUGGUCGGGAAAUCAACACGUUGAACGACUUAACUCCAGGGCUGAGCAGAAGGAAACGAGCGGCUUGGGGAACUUUCAAGAGCAUCGAGGAUGUAGUGAAGAGAACAAAGUACACCCGACUCUGUGCCCACCUUUUCGGCUCAACGGUACUUCCUGCCCUAACGCAUGCGUCAGAAACCUGGUCGCUGCGUAAGCAGGAUGAAAGGUCACUCAACGUUAUCGAACGCGCAGUCGAAAGGACGAUGGUAGCAGUAUUUCGUUCCACACAAGGAUUGGAUCCGAAGCUCCGAUCUGCGUCAACGAUCAAAAAUCAAAGAUGCCGUUCUGUAAGCCAAACAGUCGGAAAUAAGUUGGGCCGGACACGUAAUGCGUAUGAAUGA